CUAACCACCACAGCUGCCAGCGCUCUGGAGAAGAGGAGGUUCGGGUGAAAGUGGAGCUGAGGGGAAGAGAGGAAACCUGAGGGCAGGCUAUGCGGGUCCGGACUCUUAUUAACAGGCUGUCAGCGCAAACCGAAGGGCGCCGAGAUGUCAGCGAGGGGACGAGGAUGUAGCACACCUGAGGAGAGCGGCGUGUGGCGCGUUUGAGAGACGGAACUAAUUCUGGAUUCAAUGCGUGUGCAGUUCCUCACCAGUGAUGAGUUGGCUCCUGUUGUGGAUUGUAACAGCAGCCGGGAUUCAAGAGGCCUACUCCCUGAAUUCCACCACCAUGCUGCCUGCCACAGCUGUCACAUCCCCAUUUGUAGACCUGUACAACUGCACACAGUACUGCAAGUGGCCCUGCGAGUGUCCAGAGACCCCCCCUAAGUGCCCGCCAGGUGUAAGCCUCCUCAUGGAUGGCUGCGACUGCUGCAAGACCUGCGCCCGGCAGGUGGGCGAGGUGUGCAACGAGGCAGACAUGUGUGACUACCACAAGGGACUGUACUGCGACUACAGCUCAGACAAGCCUAGGUACGAAAAAGGAGUGUGUGCAUACAUGGUGGGAAUCGGCUGCGAGCACAAUGGCGUGAUCUACCGUAACGGGGAGAGUUUCCAGCCCAACUGUAAAUACCAGUGCGUGUGUGUUAACGGUGCUAUUGGCUGUGUGGGUCUGUGCACAGAGUCUCAGCCUCCCCGUGUUUGGUGCCAGACCCCACGACGAAUCAAAGUCCGGGGACAGUGCUGCGAGCAGUGGAUCUGUGACGAGCCCAGGAGAGGGCGCAAGACAGCGCUGCGACAUGCAGUCGAGGUUUUCCCAGCCGAGACCACGAGCUGGCACAAAAACUGCAUUACCCAGACUACCUCAUGGAGCCCGUGCUCAAAGACCUGCGGCCGCGGCCUGUCCAUGAGGAUCUCCAAUGCCAAUGAGCGAUGCGAGCUGUUUAAAGAGUCUCGUCUCUGUAACCUGCGGCCGUGCGAGGUCGACAUCACCAAACACAUCAAGCCAGGGAAGAAAUGUCUUAAUAUCUACAGGGAAGAUCAGCCAACAAACCUCACCAUCUCCGGCUGCACCAGCAAGAAAGCGUACCGGCCCAAAUACUGCGGCGUCUGCACCGACGAACGCUGCUGCAUCCCCUACAAAUCCAAAACCAUUGACGUGGAGUUUGAGUGUCCCAACGGGACGGGAUUCACCUGGAAGAUGUUGUGGGUUCAGGCCUGCUUCUGCAACCUCAGCUGCAGAAGCCCCAAUGACAUCUUUGCUGACCUGGAGAAUUAUUACGGUUAUCCAGAGGUUAUGAACUAAGAAGCGACCUGUCGGUUUGUCCCAUCUGUAAAGAGCUUUAGAACUUUUUCCUGACUUUCAUUUCCUAUGCAGUUUUUUCCUUUCCUUUUUUAGUCCAAUCAUGUACAAGGGAUUUUGUUCUGUUUUCUUUUUCCUAUUGGAAAAAUCUGUAAAUAUCACAUAUGUGUAUUCAUAAAGCAUGGUGUGCUUUUGAAGACUAUUUAAAGAAGUGUUUGCAAAUGAAAAUAUUCAACAACGCAUGUGAAAUACUGAAGGUUUAAUUUAUUUAUGAGGCUUUUGGCAUAUGUACUGGCAUGCUAUGUUUUUUGGACGACGUCUCACAAGGACAUUGCUUGCCUGCCUUUAAACUCCCAUAUCAACGGAGGUUGUAGGUUUUUCUUCAUCUAUUUCAUUAAAUUCUCCCUAUAAGUGUUAAGAGAUGAACAAAGAUCCCCAAGACUACAUAUUCAUAUGAAAUAAGGAUAAUCAGGGAAGCUGUUACACAUUUUUUUUGUCAUUUUUUAAUAAAUACAAACGGUUAUGUCAUUUUAA